AUGGAGUUGCGUGUCGGUAAUAAAUACCGACUGGGUCGUAAAAUCGGCUCUGGAUCUUUCGGGGAUAUUUAUUUGGGAACCAACAUUGUGACCAAAGAGGAGGUUGCCAUUAAACUAGAAUGUAUGAAAACAAGGCAUCCCCAGUUACAUAUAGAGAGUAAAUUUUAUAAAUUGAUGCAAGGAGGAGUUGGUAUUCCUGCAAUUAAAUGGUGUGGUUCAGAAGGUGAUUACAAUGUCUUAGUUAUGGAAUUAUUGGGUCCCUCAUUAGAGGAUCUGUUUAAUUUUUGUUCACGCCGUUUCUCUCUCAAGACUGUGCUUCUACUAGCAGAUCAACUUAUCACCCGUAUUGAAGAUAUCCAUUACAGGAAUUUCAUUCAUAGAGACAUAAAGCCUGAUAAUUUUCUUAUGGGCUUAGGUAAAAAGGGAAAUUUAGUGUAUAUAAUAGAUUUCGGAUUAGCAAAAAAGUACAAAGAUCCUCGGACUCUGCAGCAUAUUUCAUACAGGGAAAACAAAAACCUAACAGGAACAGCAAGAUAUGCAUCCAUAAAUACACAUCUGGGCAUAGAACAAUCACGACGUGAUGACUUGGAAUCACUGGGAUAUGUUCUUAUGUACUUUAACCGUGGAAGUUUGCCUUGGCAAGGCCUAAAAGCUGCAACAAAACGACAGAAAUAUGAAAGAAUAUCUGAGAAGAAACUAUCUACUCCAUUUGAUGAAUUGUGUAAAAACCAUCCUAUUGAAUUCCAACUAUAUUUGAAGUAUUGUAGACGACUUCGUUUCGAGGAGAGACCGGACUAUAGUCACUUGCGUCAAUUGUUCCGCACAUUGUUUCAUCGACAAGGAUUCACAUAUGACUAUGUAUUUGAUUGGAAUAUGCUCAAAUUUGGUCCACGGGGGAACUAUUUGCCUGGUGGAAAUGACCGCACACUCAGACGUCAUGAACAGAAUCAGGAAACGGAAAAUACGGCAGGAGCGGCGGGACAGCCGAGUACAACAGUUGCCGCAAUUACGGAGUGGCGG